AUGGCCAUGAAGCAGAUCACCAACCGCUGGCGCCGAACCAACGCGACAGCCAUUUACGAGCCAGUCAACCCACCGACGGCCGACGUUCUUCGCAAGAUUGGGACAAUGGAGCCUUCAGACAAGGGAUUCACUGUAGAGCCAUCUACUCUCUACCUCACCAACUCUGAGCGUGCUGAGAUUAGAGCAUUUGCUCGUCGCAUCAAGCACAUAGAGGCCAAUUCAGAGGAGCGAAAGCUAGCGCGCGUUUUUCGCAUCCUCGAUUUGCCAGUCGACGUUCGUUUAAUCAUCUACGAACACACCUUCCAGGAGAAACUGGACGAUGAGCACGUGCUUGCAGUCACCGCUACGCCAAAAGUUGCGCGUGUGUGCAAGACCUUUCGUGCGGAAGCACUUCCACUUUUCUUCGCGAAUACCGAGUUUCACUUGCCAAUCGGCUCGAACCUCUUGCAUCGUGCCCUCUACCGCAAGCAUGCCCUCGGGGGUAGAUUCAAUGCUUUGCGGACGUCUGGGCAACAGAAGCGAGCUGGAGUUCUCAAUUUCAAAAAGCCGGUGAAGAAGGCUAUUCGUGACGCUGGUGACGACGCUGUGUUCCGAAACGUGGUUCUCCAGAUGUUCGAGGUCGCGGAAUCCUCAUUCCACAGGGCUGGUAGUUCAAAAUUUUCAUGCUUCAUCGAAAUCAAGCUCUCCUUGUGCAAGGGCCAGCUGCGCGUCGACGCGACCGAGAAGUAUGCUCAUCCCUCGAACAAGAUCGUGCCGAGGGAAUACCGCUGGGCUGGCGGAUAUCCAAUCGAGCGAGAAGAUGUGGAUGUAGUUGUCGCAGAAGUUCGCCGGGUCGCCGCUCGCAUUGCCAGCACUGCUGGUUUCAAGGGACUAAAGCUAUGUGAUCUGGAGAGCUUGGCUCGGGCGUUUCGCUUCACGCAGCCUUGA